AUGAAGCCUAACUCAUUGGAAGCAGCUUUAGCUCGGCCUAAGUUGGCGGCUGUCCAUGACUAUUCGCGAUCAAUUUCCAAACUUAAGCCAAAGAUACGCAUAAUUCACAUAGUCGAACCAGAGAUCAUAACGACGACAGCUGAGGAUUUCCAGCAGCUUGUCCAGAGGCUAACAGGAAAGCCAGUGGAAAGGAAACAAAGCAGAAAUAAGAAGGGAAACAACGCAUCGUCUGUGUUGCUGCCUCACUGCAUCAAAACAGAGGAGGCACCGGUGCUACAAGGGGCUCGGAGAAUGAAGGUCGAGGUUGAAGAGAUAUGCGAUGCAGAGGAUCACAUCCUGUUCUCGACUUUUCUGGAAGAUAUCGAUGGACUCUUUCAUGACAUGAAUGAAUCCCCCACUCUGUUUUCUUUCAGGUCUUCUCAGAUCAAUGUAUUUGGGGAGAUGCCUCUUUGCUAG